UAUUCGGCGGUGCGGUGGAUGUGGUUACUGUGGAGCGCUGCUUGCACGGUUGACAUCGCUAUGAGCGCGCCGUCGUAGCUUGGCAGAGGGUGGCUGCGUACAGCAUGGGCACCGGGGACUACAUCUGCGUGACCCUGCGUGGUGGCGCACCGUGGGGGUUCAGCCUAAGACAGGGAGAGGGGGAUAUUUACAGACCUAUACUCGCUUCCCAGGUGGAAGAUGGCAGUCGCGCCUACCUGGCUGGAGUCCAGGAGGAUGAUGAGGUGGUGUCGAUCAACGGAGAACCCUGCGCUGAUCUCACGCUUUUACAAGCUUUAGCACUCAUCGAAACAUCUACCAGCAUCCUGCAGUUACUUCUGAAAAGAUGCAAUUUCCUCCCCUCUGAAGACAGCGACUCAGAAGGGAUGUCCCUUGGUGAAAAGGUCUCUUCAGAUGAGAAUUUAAAAAGCACCACCCUCCACAUCAUUUCCCCAAAGUCUGAAAUCCCAAGGGAGGUCUACAUAUCUGAUCCCCAAGGUAAGGUGCUCCAUCGGGAGUUGGACAGCGACACAGAAGCUCUCCCCAGAGGUAAAUUGUCAGAUGAUUUGGGAGGCCAUGAGCUGGUUUUUAAGCACAACAAGGAAGUGCAACGAUGCUGUACCCCAGGAGAGUUUGUGGAGCUUCAGGUGUCCCUGUCUGACCAAACCUUGGCGUAUGGGGGCUGCACCUCUCUCGGGAGUGCUCGAGGGAUUGAGGAGGACUUCUCAGCAAUCGAACCCGUUCACACCACCUCAUCCCACCAUGUGCAAUGCCCCGUUAGAGAGCCGCUCGGGCAGCAUGGCGUGGUGGUCCGCGCUCCCACUGUGGAGGACAUUUUGCAGCCGCCAGAUGCAUCAGGAACGGGGAGGAGCACUCUUAGCGUGGGUGGCCCCGAUGUCACCGAAAACAUUGGGUCACAAAGUGAAGAGGAGGAAGGAGGGGGACCCAGUCAGCCUGUUCCUGCGUCUUUCACUGUCUCAUUCGAAAUUCCAUCGGACGAGGCAACUCUAGCAGAAGAGCAAGAAGACUCCGAAUCAGAAGGGGAUCAAGAAAAACCCAACAAGCAUCGGGCAAAACACGCAAGGCUCAGACGUAACGAGAGUCUGUCAGAGAAACAGGUGAAGGAGGCCAAAUCCAAAUGUAAACGUAUCGCUCUCCUUCUGUCGGCCGCUCCUUCAAACCCCAAUAAUAAGGGGGUGUUGAUGUUCAAGAAACAUCGUCAGAGGGCCAAGAAAUACACGCUUGUAAGCUACGGCACAGGAGAGGACGAACCAGACUACAGUGACGAAGAAGACGAAGUGAACGGAGACGAUAAGCAAGAAAUCCCAGCUGGUGAAUUUAGCUUUGAAGCUGCUAUCGAUUGUGAAUCAAACGGGCCUUUUCUUUUGAAUGCUCCAGGUAGUAAAAGCGUGCUAACUUUCAAGUUAGGAAAGAGUCUUGUUGAAAUUAACAACAACUUGAACAACCAAGCUGAGAUGGAAUGUUUGCCUGAAACCAAAGGCAAGGGUGCAGCGAUGUUUGCUCAAAGGCGUCAGAGGAUGGAUGAGAUCACUGCUGAACAUGAGGAACUCCGGCGUCAAGGACUACCUGUGGAAGCAGUGCAAGAGUUGGAGAAGAAAGUAACGGAGCAGUCCUACAUCCAGUCCGCAACAGAGGGUCAUGGUUAUUUGGAUGUGAAUAUGCACCAACAAAACCAACAGCAGUACCAACAGCAGUACCAGCAAUAUCAGGAGCAACAGUAUUAUGAGCAACAGCAAAACUACCAACAGCAGCAACAGUAUCAACAAUAUCAGCAGCAGCAGUAUGAGCAACAACAAUACAAGCAACAGCUACUGUAUAAGCAACAGCAACAAUAUCAAGAGCACCAGCAAAUGCAGCAGUAUUCUACAAAUAUCAAUGGUACAGUCCAGCAUCAAACUAAUGAAAUUCAGAGUUCUUACAACAAUCGUACUGCCAAACCUUUCACAACAGAAAACAUGGUGGCAACACCUUAUUCUCAUGGAGCAAGUGGGACCAAUCAAGAUUCUUUUGGCCAAGGAGAGCAGAUAGCUUCCCGUGAUGAGCGCAUUUCUACUCCUGCAAUUAGGACAGGCCUGCUGUCGGACUCUAGGAGAAAGACUACCGGCAAGCCUAUGUUUACUUUUAAAGAGGCUCCAAAAGUAUCACCUAACCCUGCAUUGCUGAACCUUCUCAAUAGAAGUGACAAAAAAGGUUUUGAGUCUGGUCCUGAAGAAGACUAUCUUAGCCUUGGAGCGGAAGCUUGCAAUUUCCUCCAGUCCCAAAGACUUAAACCUAAGAUUCCUCCACCAGUUGCACCAAAGCCUUUGAUCAACCCCAACUCUCCUCCUUGGUCUGCUCAGAUAGAAGCAGCCAACCAGGACAUGCCUCAGUGUGCUGAAAAUAGUCUGUCCACACCUGCUGCAGCCCCCACCACAGAAACUGCCCCUGCUCAAGAACUAGAGCCAACUCCUGCACCUGUCCCUGACCCCUCUACCCUUCCUACCCCUGAGAAAACCACUUCCAAUCCCACCCCAGCCGAGCAGCAUUCAUGGACUCUCCCUGAACCAGAGUCUCAACAGCAGCCUGCACAAGUGACAUCUCAAGAGACACAUGGCCAAGUCAUUUCUGCUCAGCAUUGUGAGUCCUCUCAAAUGGCCACCUGGGGUUCAGUACAGGUACAAGCACAUCAACAGUCAGCUGCUUGUUCAUGGCAAUCAGCCCAAGUGCAACCUCAGAACCCACCUCCAAGUCAGUCCCCACCACAGCCACCAUGGGUAACACGUCAGUCUACUCAAAGCCAAACGCAGAUUCAACUAAGCUCAAAUACUUGGACCCCUCAGAGGCAACCAUCUUGGACUCCGCAUGAAGAGCAAGCACAACCUCAGACAAACGCUCAACCAUCCUGGGCCCAGCCUCAAGAGCAGCUUCAGUCCCAUCCACAGGUUCAGCCACCAUGGACUCUCAUGAAGGAGAAGCAACACUUGCAGCAAACACAGGCAUCCUGGAGUCAAGCCCAAGAAACAGUACAGACACAACCCCAGAAUCAAUGGAUGCAGCCUCCCCAUACAGACUCUCAACAGCAGCUGCCAUGGGCUCAACAACCUCAGCAAAAAUCUCAAGUACAGCCACCAUGGGUUCAACAAGUUCAGCCAGAAAUACAACCACAACCCCCUUGGGUUCAACAAGUUCAACCAGAAGCACAGCCACAACCAUCUUGGGGACAACAACAACAUCAUCAGGCAGUCCCACAAGCAUGGGCAAAUGCCCAAGUUCCAGGUCAGCCUCAACCACCCUGGGUCUCAACUCCACCUCAACCUCAACCUCAACCUCAACCUCCUGCCAAUCCAUGGGCACAAUCGCAAACACAAGCCCAAACUCAGCCACCAUGGAUGAAUGCAGCUCAGGUACAACCUCAAGCACAGGUUCAAGUUAAUCUGAAUCCAUGGGCACCAGUUCCUGCACAUACUCCAUCUCAGACAUCAUGGGCUCCACAACCCCCAGAACAUGGUGGUGAGCAACCUAUAAAUUCAUGGGCUCAGGACCAAAGUCAGGCCCAACAUCAGCCACCCUGGGCUCAAUCAGUUCCUUCACCGCCCACACCCCAGUCCAACUGGCAACAGUCCCUUUCAAAUACAUCUCAACAACCACAACUCAAUACAUGGCCAUCAGCUCAAGCCCAGCCCCCAACACCAGUUAAUGACUGGCGACCACAGCUACAGCAAUCAUCUUUGAAUGUUCCAUUGUCUACAGUAAACAGACAACCUUCUCCUAAACCAUGGCACCCACCGCAAAACCAGACUCCUCCCCCUCCACCACGGCGAAUGUUCUCUUAUGCUGUUGGUCAAAAAGCUGCAUCGCCUGUCAACCCAAUGGCCACUGUCUUGAAUCCUAAAUUGUCCCAGGGUCCAGCUUUUGAGAUGCCAGUGGUCAAAGGAAAAGGAGCUGACAUGUUUGCUAAGAGGCAGUCUCGCAUGGAGAAGUUUGUUGUGGACUCUGAGACUGUGGAAGCCAACAAAGCAAGUCGUUCAACAUCGCCAGCUGCAUCCUUACCAAAUGAAUGGAAGUAUACACCUAAUGCAACUGGCAGGGGCUACACCCUUUCUCCACCAGCCAGGGUGCCAUUCACAGGCCAGAUUUCGGCGUCUGCUUCUUCCUCUCCCAAGCCUCCAACCCGAGCCUCCACCAACCUCCCGGUGAGGCAGACAUCCCGUUUGGACAAAGGCUUCAAACCCCUCACCCCCUGGGAAGCCGCCUCCCGCCAUCCCCUGGGUCUGGUAGACGAAGCCUUUGCUUUUCAAGAUCUGCAGCAUGCUCUUGCCUCAAAUGUCCACUUUGCUGCCCGGCGUAAAAUCCUACCUGAGCCACCUGUAGAGUGGAAAGGAAGAAUCUGUUACACAACCCAACUGAAACCAGGCAGCCGGACUUGGAGCCAAAGCAGCAAUCAGGGCCGAGCUCCGAUUCCAUCGUUCGUGUCUCCAUCGAGGAGCCCUGCCUCCAGCCCAGUUGGCCUGCAAGGUUACAGGUCGCUGCCAAGGCAGUGGCAGCCUCAGAAGUACGUGGUCGAGGCUAAUCAGAGACACUCUGUGUCUUCAUCUGAGACGCCAACGUACAUGUCUGCAUACCCCAGCAAUACCUGGAGCUGGAGGCGGUAGAAUACAGCCGAGACGUUUGGUAACGAGUGUCUCAUCCCAUAUCCUUUUCACCUCUGAACAAAACAAGCCAGUAGAUGAGAGAUUGUGUGACAGUUUUGCUUUCAAAACGAUAAUUUAAUGUUUCACUUAUUGUUUCAUCAAAUCAGUGACAAUGCAUGUUACAGUUAAAUGAAGAAAAGGGUGAUUAACACAACUAGCUUAUAUGAAUGUAAAUAAAGGAUAUCUGUAACAUUCAGUUGGAUUCUAACUAGACUGAGUCAGAGACUUCUACAACUAUUGGCACCUCCUGGUUAAGAUGUGCACAAAACCCAUAAAAAACAUGGUUUUGUUCUCUUACUGUGAUCUUUGGAUGUUUUUUAACUCCCACAGCAUCGUCCACACUGUGCUUGGUAGCCAGAUGUAUCUGGGUGCUUUUCCAGCCUCGUUUUUCACAGUUUCAGUUCUUUUAAACUUGUCAAUCAUUACUCUUCCUGUAGAUGAGGGCAACUUUAAAUAAGAAGCUUUUUUCUUGAUCAUUUUUUAUUAUUAAGUACACAUCUAUCAUACUUGAAUGGCAUGUUCUCUUGUUUUUCCAAUGUUGAAGAGUAGCAAAGAGAAAGUGAGUACUGCUGUGUUUUACAUAUACACUGCAGCAAAAGAAAGUGUUUGCUUUCCAAAUUCUUUUCAGGUUUGCUUUUCUGUCAUUUUAAUAUAUGAGACAACUGGAGUAAAUACAGUAAAGGCAGUUUUUAAAUACUAAUAUACAAGAUUCUGUAAAUUACAAAUGAAAAGUUCCUAGAUACUGAUCAACUUUUAAAAAAAGUUAAUUAUACAUUAAGAAGAUGCUUCAGUUACAGUUCUUUUAUAAAUUAUUAGGUCUGCAGUGAACUAUUGUGCAGAUGAUUGUGUAAAAAAACAAAACAAAUAUAUUUGUGAGGCAAUUAAAGAUUAACUCAUUUUUCAAGCUUUUCCAUCUUUACCAGGAGGGGCAGUAAUAUCUAAGAAAUGUGUACCUUGUUGAAGGAAUGAGUAUGUUGGUUAGAAGAGAUGUAUGAGUGAGGAUGGACAUCCAUCAGCUACGUUCAGCUUUGUUAUAGAAGAUGAUUUGGACAAAUUGAUAUAAGCAUGAGAGAUUAGAAAAGAUGUCAAUAACUGUGCGUUGUCAGCAUAAUUAAAUAACCGCAACAGCUAAUUUUCGAUAUUUAUUGUUAGUCUUAACUUGUUCCACUUGAGUUUGGACAGGACAAAUUCAACAUUCUCUUGGGUCCAGAAAUGAUUAGUUAUUUCCACACUAAAGAAUGUAAAAUGAGGCAUAUUUUUUGUUUGUCACUUUAGAGAAAUGCACAACCAAAAUAUAGUAAUGUCUGUACAUUAUUGGAAUUAUUUGUGACACUCAAAAACAAAACCGACCACAUGGAGCACAACACACAAUACAUUUGGAAAGGCACUACCAUGCUAUAUAAGGUCUUUUAAUUUCAGACUUUUCCUUCACCCUUAAGGAUCUGCUUACUCCUCUUCAGGGUUGCGGCUGGGUCUCCAAGCAUUCAGUAGGUGAGAGGAGGGGUACACCACAGUUUGUCAGUCCAUGCUUUCACAUUAAUUAUAUUGUGUUCAUGUAUUCCACAGUGUGUGUGUGUGCUUUUUUUCAUACAAAAUGUUUUCUUGACCAUCUUGGGAUGAAGGUCCAAUCCUUUAAACACAGUCUAUAAAUGUACAAUUGUGGUUUAAUAGGUAUUAGCAGAAUUACUCAGAUAAUAGGUUGGCUGCCUUACCGUUGGAGCAUGAGAGAAUGUACCUUCAUCAAUGCAGACAGAGUUUCUGCAUAGCGUAACAUGUAAGUAAUGUUAUUACUGAUUAAUUUUUGCAGCCUUCAUAUAAGUUCUUUUACAUGUUAGAUUUUUUUUAUAUCCAAGCUGCCAUGCUGCAUGGAGAUUAGAUUAUUAGAUUAGAUGUAUUACACUAACUUAUGUGUAGAAAGGUGAAGCUGCAGGAUUAGAUUUUCUUUUUUCUUUUUUUGAAACAAGGUAAAUAUUCAAUGAUUUGUAAUUGAUGUUGUUAAUUACCCUAAUAUGCUUCAGUCUGCAAUGUGAGAUCAAACCUGAACAAAAGUGCAAGUAAGCCUGUAUGUCCAGGCUUACUUGCACUUAAUAAAUUACGAAUUAUGAAUUACGGCUAUUAAUAGCCGUAAUUCAUAGUAUUGUUUGAUACAAACUUUACGCAAAGGCCCCAACUAAGAUUUCAAUCAGUAAAUGAAGGAAUCCAUUUCAGCGAUUCUUUCUGUUUGAUGUUUUUGAGAAAAGACAUGAGGCUAAAAAGUAAGGAAAAUAAUCUAUAGCCCAUUUGUCUUUUUUUUUCUUUAAAAAUUGUGUUGUAUUUUAUGCAUCUGCAACUCACCCCCAUUUUGCUGUCAACCUUUUAUAUGUGUGGUCAUUCUUGAAGUGUUUAUAAAUUUCCAAUUGGUCAUUUUGAUUAGUGUUUGAAACACAAAGCUUGAGGAGAAAGUGAAGAGUUGGCUAGAUUUCUCCACUGGUAGACAUCAUCAUGUCAUUUUGCGAUCAGGUAUGUGUUUGAAAUGAGACCUUGCAACUUGAGAAAAGGUUAGCACCACAAUUCGAUUCGCUGAAGGCAGAUAUGUCAAGUGACCUCCAAACGAGAAGAGGCCUUUUUCUUCAUUUUUUGGAGUGCUAUGCUUUAACAUGUGGCCAAAAUGGGCUUAAGAGGACUUAAUGACUGUCCACUGUUUUCAUUAGUUAAUUGGAAAAAAUGAGUAAAGGCUCCUUUGGAGUUUGUAGCAAAUGGAAUAAAUCAACUACACUAUUUCAAGAGGCAAUGGACUUUAAGCUGGCAUUAAGCGUUGGCUCAAAAACUUUGCUUAGAUAACAGGUUCACUGUGAAAAGGUUUUAUGAAAACUGUGUGCGGGGUGUGCUUUGUUAAAAAUUUGUAAUAAUCUCCAAAAAUUAAAGUGUGGUUCGUGUGUUUUCUGCAUAGGGUAAAUGCUGUUUUGACGUGAUUCUCUCUGGACAAUGCCAGUAACAUGAGUAGGAUUUAUCUCACAGGUCACUUGUUGUUUCCACUUGAUGUUUUGUUUAGCUAUAGUUUAUUUGAUUGGUGAUUUAUGCUACCUUCUUAUAAAGAUGUGUAAAAACCUCUAAAAUAUCUCUUCCUCUAUUGCGGUAACAAAAUUAAAGUUAAGUUUGGGUACUUUUAUUUAGCGGCGGAAACACAAAAUGUAAAAUAUAUAUACAUAUUUAAUCUUUUUUGACAAAAUCAGUCCUGUCACAGUAAUGUGUACCUUACUUUUUACACAUACAUGUUGAAUGGGGUGGGGUGCUAAUUUUUAAUUAGCAAUUCAGUUGGCAACUAUGGGAAAGUUUUUAUUAAAACUUUUUAUUUUAAGGGGUUUCGUGCACAUCUUUACCGUUUCCCAUUAUUGUGGGUGGGGAGGUUGUGAUGGCACAGGUUGCUUCCAAAUAAUAGCCAUAAUUCAUAGUGCUGUUUGAUACGGAAACAUUCUUUCUGAAGUGUUUUUUAACAAAAUAAACACAGCUAAGUAGCACUGCUUUUCAACCUGUAA